AUGGUAGAAAAAGAACUAAGUCGAAGCCAGGAGGAUUGGAAGUACCUUCCUCAACCGCCGUAUCCAUCAAGCUUACUCCAGCAGCCAUAUCCUAAAGGCUACGAAGCACCAAGCUUUGUCCUUUUCGACGGAAGAAAAGAGAGCCCGAAGGAGCAUGUCAACCGUUUCAUUGAUGCCUUGGGACCACAUGCUGGUGAUUAUAAUCUCCAACUUUGA